CGCCUCGUUCUCCAUGCUCACAGUCUUAAAGACCUUGACAUAUCAAGAAGCCGUUGGGGGUGCCAAAUAACAGACAAUGGACUGUGUCGAUUGUCCAUGGCGAAAUGUAUAAGCAAACUGUCGUCUGUGUCGCUGUGGGGAACGACAGGGAUCACAGAUCAAGGCGUUGUUCAACUGAUUUCUAGGGCAGUCUCCCUAAAACAUCUGAACAUUGGAGGGACUUUUAUAACAGACACAUCUUUGUUUGCCAUCUCAGACAGUUGCCCGCAUUUACAGGUGACCUUUACUAAGGGAUGGUGCCCCAAAGAAAAGUUGGUUUCCUCGUAAUGCUUAUUACUCCCUCCGUCCAUGUAUGAUCUUCCCAUUACGCGUUACGAGGCUUGACUGACUUUAUUUUCAAUUCAAUUUAAUUGAUUAUAGGAGUAAAAAUUUUAAAACAAAAUUUAUAUAGUAAUAAACUACAUGAAAAGUU